GCGCCCCCCCUCCCCGGGCAGGACCCGCUGCAGCCACCCCAGCCUGGGGGCACCGCAGGAGGAUCUCAGCCUGGCCCUGUGAGACUAUUGGGUACUGAUGGAUGUUUCCAACAGCCCUGAGCGAAACCCCUGCUCUCCUGAUGAAGAAGACCAGCAGCUUUCUGAUGAGGAAGUCCUGAAGGAAUGUUGUUCAGACCGUGAACUUGAUGGAGAGGGUGGGCAAGGCAGCAUUAUGGGAGAGGAGGAGGAUGCAGUCAGGGGAUUGGGCCAUGGUGAAGAGGAGAACCGCUCAGAUGAAGAGGACCGUUUAAGUGAGCCUAAGUCUCACCAGUCUGACAACAAUGAGCAGAGUGGGGAGCUGAAGAGCCCUGCACCUCGCAAGGGUGAGGAAGAAGACAGGACAAAUGAUCUUGGUGAUGAAGCAUCCUCUGUCACCCGUGAACUUGAUGAGCAUGAGUUGGACUAUGAUGAGGAAGUUCCUGAGGAACCAAGUGCUGCUGCUGCAGAGGAGGAUGGUGAGAAAGCUGCUGGUGAGGAUGAUGAGGAAGAAGAGAAAGGAGAUGAUGCUCAUGAAGAUGAGAAAAAAUCCAGUAGCAAAAGUGAUGAUGAAAAGGAUGGCCAGGAUCCCCUCAAGGAGAAGAAGAAAGAAGAAGAUGAUGGAGAAAUUGAUGAUGGAGAAAUUGAUGAUGAUGACUUGGAGGAAGGAGAAGUUAAAGACCCCAAUGACAGAAAAGUGAGGCCACGUCCCACUUGCCGAUUCUUCAUGAAAGGGCACUGUACCUGGGGCAUGAACUGUCGAUUUAUUCACCCUGGUGUGAACGACAAAGGAAACUACUCCUUAAUCUCCAAGCCUGAGCCCUUCUCCCCAAAUGGAGCUCCUCCCAUCGGCCCUCACCCACUGAUGCCAGCCAAUCCUUGGGGAGGACCAGUUGUUGAUGAAAUCUUACCUCCGCCCCCUCCAGACCCUCCAACAGAAAGUGCCUGGGAGAGAGGACUCCGGCAUGCUAAAGAGGUAUUAAAAAAGGCAACUAUGAGAAAAGAGCAGGAGCCUGACUUUGAGGAGAAGAGGUUCACUGUGACUAUUGGAGAAGACGAGCGUGAAUUUGACAAAGAAAACGAGUUCUUCCGUGACUGGAAUUACCGCAUCACCAGAGAUGUCAGAGAUCCAGCGGAGGUGGACAUCAAAGAAAACAUUAACUAUGGGCUUGAUCCCUAUACAGAUCCCUAUUAUGACUAUGAAAUAGAACGGUUCUGGCGUGGUGGGCAGUAUGAGAAUUUCAGGGUUCAGUAUACAGACCCAGAUCCAUACCGUAACUACAGAGUAAGUAAGGAAAGAGAGCGAGAACGCGAACGGGAAAGGGAGAACAGGCAACGAGAAAGGGAACGCGAGAGGGAGCGGGAACGGGAACGGGAGCGGCGCCAGAGGGAGCGAGAACGGGAAAGGGAACGGGAGCGCGACAAGGAGCGCCAGCGGCGGAAAGAGGAGUGGGAACGCGAGCGCGAACGGGUGAAGAGAGAUGAAAAAGACAGGCAGCACAGGGACCGGGACAGAGACCGGGACCGGGACAGGGAACGGGAAAAGGAGAAAGAAAAAGCCAAGCCCCGGUCCCCGCUGCUACCAAGCCGUCAACCAGAGCCACCAAAGAAGGAGAAGGAGGCAACCACAAUUACCACCACUCAGUCGAAGAGAGCAGAUGAAUGGAAGGACCCCUGGCGCCGAUCAAAGUCUCCCAAAAAGAAGCUUGGUGUGUCUGUGUCUCCCAGCCGUGCACGCAGGCGCCGAAAAACCUCUGCUUCUUCAGGGUCUGCUUCUGGCUCCUCAAGGUCCUCUUCUCGUUCAUCCACCUAUUCUGGUUCAGGUUCCUCACGAUCUCGUUCCAGAUCAUCGUCUUACAGCUCUUACUCUAGUCGCUCUUCAAGACACAGCUCUUUCUCAGGCAGCAGGUCCAGGUCACGGUCCUUCUCAUCUUCACCCUCUCCUUCUCCAACACCAUCUCCACACAAGCCACUUGGGAAGGCUAAAGGGGAUUUAUUACCACCUGCUGGGAAAGGUGAAAAAUCUGUGAAGAAACUAGCUGCCCUUCCAGUCCUUCAGCCACUCACUAAAAUUACAACAGCUGCACCUGAGCCAGCCAAACCCGGGGAUAAUCGAGAGGCAAGAAGGAAGGAACGUCAGACCAGGACUCCACCCAGGAGGCGGACCAUCAGCGGCAGCAUCAGUGGCAGUGCCAGCAGCUACAGCGGUUCCAGUUCCCGAUCUAGGUCCUUGUCUCGGUCUCUCUCCAGAUCUCAUUCCAGAUCAUCAUCUGCCUCAGUCUCCCAUUCUCCGUCUGGGUCCAGGAAGUCCAGGUCCCUGAGCGUGAGCAGCGUUUCUUCUGUCUCUAGUGCCUCCUCCAGCAGCAGCUCUGUACGCAGCGCCGACUCCGAAGACAUGUACGCAGACUUGGCCAGUCCUGUCUCCUCAGCCAGCUCUCGAUCCCCAACCCCAGCACAGCAGAGGAAAGGUAGAGGAAAGUCAAAAAAAGAAGAUAGCACUAAAGAGGAGAAGCGGAAACGGGAUGUGCCUGGUCAGCUCCUGAAGUCAGCCAAGCCCAACCAGGGAAGCAAAUUGCAGCAGCUCCCCCAGACCCAGCAGCCAUCAGCCCCCCAGUCUCAACAGGGAGGCUUCAGCGCUCACAAAGAGAUCAAACUGACUCUCUUGAAUAAGGCAGCUGACAAAGGAAGCAGGAAGAGAUACGAGCCAACAGACAAAGACAGGCCGAGCUCUCCUCCAGCCAAACGGGUAAACCUGUCGCCUGACAGAGUAGGCUCUCGUGACAGGAAGGCAACUGGGAGACUCUCUUCACCCAAGCAAGAACGACAGAGAGGCCAGAACACGAAACCUUCCCCUGCGCAGGCAGACAGGAAGCGCCAGCUCUCACCUCAGUCCAAGAGCUCCAGCAAAGUCACAAGUGUACCAGGAAAAGCCUCGGAGCCAGGCCCCACGGGUGCCAAAGCGGGCAAAUCCAGCACCCUGUCCCGACGGGAAGAGCUCCUCAAGCAGCUCAAGGCAGUGGAAGACGCCAUCGCUCGCAAGCGGGCCAAAAUCCCAGGGAAAGUAUAGUGGGAAGAGCCCUGGUGACUGUUGAUCUUUUUAUAAUGAGUGUCAAAGCAGCCACGUGGGGAUUUUGCAGUUCUGUCUUAUUUUGGCUGCGAUUCUUU